AUGCACCCAGCCGCUCCACAAGCGGCCAUAGAAACAGCGUCCAACAAACACAAUCACGUGCACCUUGUGCCCAGUAUCGUCUCGUUUAGCGACUUCGUUUCGCAAUCUCAUGCAGCUGAUCAGCUGCCAGCAGUUGGAAGUAGCGAUUCGCUCUUAACACAAAGCUGUCGGUCGGACACGCUCCUUGGCAAUCAGCCUCCAAUAAGCCUGCCGCGGGACACUAAUCAACACUGCCUCCAUUGCGGACUUCACCCGACCGAGGUGGAAACAAGUGACACAAGGCAACCACUAUACUCUCGCGUCGAAGGACUUGAGCUGGCAGUGAUCCAGUUGCAAAUUUUACAAAGAAGUGGCAUGACUAAUCACGAUGUUCAGCUUGCCAACAUGGCGCAGCAAGUAGAUGACAGUUUUUUGAACAUCACCACUUCUAUUGGACAAAUAAAGGAUACUCUGGGAAAGUUUUUGGAGCGAUUCGCGGACGACUUGGGCCAUGACAAGGAGGAAACUAGCGAGGGUGACGGCACGUCUACACAGCAUCGGAUAGCUGAAAACUGUUAA